AUGCUGUGCAUAAACAUCACCCCGAAGUUCGUGCGGAUACGCCGAGGCGUUGCGUUAUCAACUCAUUCGUCGUCUUUGCGAAAUUGUCAAAUUUUGUCGUCAAACGCAGAGAGAGGAACGAAAACGCAGCGCCUUCUUCUUAGUGGUAAUCAAAAACUCGUAAUUGAUUCUUCGACGAGCGAUGAUGCUUCGAUGGGAAGCCAUUUCAGUCGUCGUGCACGUCGUCACUUUUCCUCUCCAUUCGCGAGGGUUUCCGACAAGCGGAGACACGCGCUCGUCACUUCCGCAUCCUCGAACAACAACAACAAAAUCACGAGUGCAAAAAGUGGUUUGAACAGCACCAGUGGUGGUGAAUCUCGUCUCCGCGCGAUCAACAAUCCCUCGCAGCAGCGAGAACAACAAGGGUUAGCGGACGCACUCGCUGCGGGGAAAUCUGCAAAAUCGCCGCCGGGGUCGUCACGAGGACAAGAAGAAAAAGAAAUGAUCGACCAGACGUACGAGUUGAACGGUAACAACUUCGCGGAACAAACGAUCGCGACGCCGUCGGAUGGACCGAUCGAUGUGUUGCACGCCUCUUCGAAGCAGACGAAGAGUUGGCAAGCGGUGAGGAGAGCGGUGACGACUGGGCCGGUGCAAUCGAACGCGUUGAUUGGAGGGACGCCGUUGAUUGACGUGACGAGCGUGUUGAGUUUGAAUCCUUCAAAGGUGAAGAUUUACGCGAAGUGCGAGUAUAUGAAUCCGAGUGGAAGCAUUAAGGAUCGAAUUGCGAGUUAUAUUUUACAAGCGGCGAUUGAUGCUGGGGAUUUGAAGGAGGGGAUGACGGUGGUGGCGGCGACGAGCGGGAACACCGGGAGCGCCAUCGCGGCGGCGUGCGCCAUUCGCGGGUUUGAUUACAUCGUCAUUACGAAUAAGAAAUGUUCGAUAGAGAAGAUCGAUAGCAUGAGAGCGUAUGGUGGGACGGUUAUUGUCGCGAAGAGUGGCGUAGCUGCGGACGAUCCAGAGCAUUAUCAAAAUAUCGAGAACACGAUGGUGGCGGAAAAUCCGGGGAAGUAUUUCGGCGUGAACCAGUACGAUAACUUGAACAACGCGUUGGCUUACGAGGCGACGUUAGGGCCGGAAAUUAUCGCGCAAACGAAAGGACUCAUCACGCACUUUGUCGCUGGGUCGAGUACGGGUGGGACGCUGACGGGUACCAGUCGGUAUUUGAAGGCGGUGAACCCGGAGAUCAAGUCCGUGUUGGCGGAUCCGCGAGGGUCGGUAUUGUGGGAUAAUUUCGUUAACGACGUUCCGGAAAACGAGUUAAUUGUUGGUAAGUGGGAGAUUGAAGGCGUCGGGAAAGAUUCUAUUCCGGGUGUUUUGUCCUGGGACGUCGUCGAUGGCGCGCAAAGAGGAGACGACGCGUCGAGUUUUUACACGUGUCGCAAAGUCGCGAGAGAUUUGGGCGUUUUAGUUGGAGGCUCCGCCGGGUUGAAUUUACACGCGUGCGCGGUCUUGAGCGGUAAAAUCGACAACGGCGUCAUCGUGACCGUUUUGCCAGACUCUGGGGUGAAAUACCUGUCCAAGAUUUUCAACGACGAUUGGAUGAACGAGAAAGGAUUCACGGGCAAGGAAAAGAGUCCCGAGGAUGGAGAAAUCUAUUGGCGACCGGGCGCGAACGAUCCGUGCGAGAACCAAAAGAGUAGCAGAAUGUUUCCGAUAAACGCGUGCUCUUUACAACACGACACGAGAAAGCAAUGCAACGACGACGAGUUGAACCCGAGAGAACAAACGGAAGCGGAGUUGAGAUUUUUGGAAGAGACGGCGGCGAGAAUGGUCGAAUACCAUCGUCAAUCCGUAAAAAUUGGCGAAGAACCGGUAGUAUUGAUGAAUACUCCGGAAAGCAUUCGAGCGAUGUUUUCCGAAGCUGGCGUUGGGAUGACCUUUGAGCACCAAGAACCGGCGUGGAGCGAGCAACAGUUGAGAGACGCCGUGACGACCAUCUUGCAAACGUCCGUGCGUUCAUCGUCGCCGUUAUUUUUGAACCAAUUAUACGCCGGUGUCGACCCGGUCGCGUUAGCCGGCGAAUGGGUCUCCGCGGCGUUGAACUCAAACGUGCACACGUUCGAAGUCGCGCCAUCGUUGACGGAGAUUGAGAAAUCAUGCUUGGAGAAAGUCGCGCGGUGUUGGUUGAAGACCAACGACGGCGUCGAGACUCCCGAACACGACGGUUUGUUCGUCCCAGGUGGAUCGUUAUCGAUUUUAUAUUCCAUCUUGUUAGCCAGAGACGUCGCGGACUCUUCCAUUCGCAAGGCUGGCAUGGACAGAAAUAACAAGUUGGUAGCUUUUUGCAGCGAAAACGCGCAUUACUCGUACAAAAAAUCCGCCAUCGUUACCGGUUUAGGCGAAGAAAACUUGGUCGCGGUGAAAUGUCUGCCGAACGGUGCCAUGGAUCCGGGCGCUUUGCGUGCGGCGAUUGCAUCGGCCAUCGCGGCAGGCAAAACGCCGUUCUACGUCGGCACGACCGCGGGUACAACUGUUUUAGGCGCUUUUGAUCCGUUCAGCGAAAUCUUUGACGUCGUCGACGAGUUUCAAAAUGCCAACGGGAAAUCGCAACGCAUUUGGACCCACAUCGACGGCGCGUGGGGCGGUGGUGCCAUGCUUUCCAAAGAGCACAAUCAUCUCAUGGACGGCGCGGAACGCUCGGAUUCUUUCUCUUGGAACCCGCACAAAAUGCUCGGCAUGCCUUUGCAAUGCUCGGUGUUUGUCUGCAAGCACGCCGGCUCUUUAUCUAAAGCGAACGGCGCCAAGGCGGAAUAUCUCUUCCAACCGGACAAGAAUAACUCUGGCGCGGACUUGGGCGACCGAACCAUUCAGUGUGGACGCAAAGCAGACGCCGUGAAGUUAUGGUUGGCGUGGAAAUUGCGAGGCGACGAAGGUUUCGCCAAGUGCAUCGAUCGGUCCUUUCACUUGGCGAAAUUCGUCCAACUCGAAGUUGAAAACUCGGACGGCAAGUUCGUUCUCGUCCAACCGGCCCAAUGCUCCAACGUCGGGUUCUGGUACGUUCCGCCGCGCUUGCGCCCAUUCAACCGGACAACUGCGACUGAAGAAGAUUGGGCCGAACUCGGUUACGUCGCUCCAAAGUUGAAAAACGCCAUGCAAAAAGCCGGCGACGCCAUGAUUGGCUUCCAACCCAUCGCCAGCAUGGGCUACGUCAACUUUUUCCGCCUGGUGUUACCGAACCCGAGACACAUCACGGAAAUGGAUCUGAGAGCGAUGUUGGAUCGCAUGGACACCUACGGCCAAGAAUUUUAA